AGUCCCUAAAAAAACCUCCCUGGAUCUGACCAUGCCACUAGCUCUCAUCCUGUCAGUCUUCCAUUUAUGGCUAACCUCCUUGAGAAGGCCCCCCCAUAGUCCACACCUCCUUUCCUCUCUCAUUCUCUAAGUCUGCUGCAGUCUGGCUUCUGACCCUGUUCUGCUGAAACCACUGCCUCCAAAGUUACCAGUCCUUUCAUCGCAAAAUCUGAUCGCCUUUGUACAGUUCUGGUAAUCCUGGGCCUCUCCAGCAUUAGGCACGACUGUCUGUCGCUUUGUUUUCUCUGGGUUUUUGUGACACUGUUCCCUUCCUGGUCUUCCCAUCUCUGUGACGGCUCCUCAGCCUCAGUUGCUGAUUCUUCGUCUGCUUCAUACUCUGCAACCACAGGUGUCCUCCAGGACUCUAUCCAGGGCCCUCUGGGAUUUUUUUCUCUCUACUGCCUCCUUUGGUGAUCUGGUCAGCUCCCCUGAUGCGUUAUCUCUGCAGGUGAUCCUGUGAUCUGUGUGUCUCUCCCUAGCGCCUCUGCUGAGCUGUGGUCAGCCACAUUCAGCUGCCUGUUGGCCAUCUCAAGUUGAGUGUUCCUUCUUCAGCUUCCUUCAUCAUGACGUAUUGUCUUCUCCCAUAAGACUGUAAGCUCCUUGAGGGCAGAGGCUAUCUUUUCUACUCAGUAUGUGUCCCUAGGGCUUAAGCACUGUGCCUGGCACAUAGUAGUAGGUGCUUACGAAAUGAUCAUUGACUGACAUGUCCAAAAGAGAGCCUCUCCCCUUGUCCCUUCUGAAAUUUCCUGUGCUUGUUGAGGGGACCUCCAUCCUUGCAGUCAGGCUCCCAACCCCAAGGUUGGCAUCUUCACACCUCACUCUCACCCCACAUAUGCAUUCCAUGCCAAAAUCUGUCUGCCUCCAUAACAUUGCUUAUGGACACGCACUUCUCUGCCCUCAUGCAGCUGCAGCCCUGGCUCAGGUCUUCAUCGCCUCUCACCAGGACGGUGGCGGGAGCCUUUUUGUGGGCUCUUCUCUGCCUGCUCCAUGCUGUCUUCUUCCCUUCUGUUGCCAGGGGGAUUUUUCUAAAGUGAAAGUCUGACCUCGUCACUCUGCUCAGUGAGCUCUGGAGAUGCCCUGUUACCUUCAGGAUCAAAGAUAAAUUUGUUUGGCAUUUACAUUCUUUAUGACGUUCCCACUUUUCCAGUCUUCUCGCACCUUACUCCCCUCCACCAUCUCUGUGGCAUUGGCCUUGAACUCGCCACUCAUAGCUUCUGUCUGUCUUUGUGCUGACCAUCGCCUGUGCCUGUAACGCUUUUCCCCCCUCAUCUCUGCCACCUCCUUUCCCUGGCCUCACCCCCGCAGAAAGCUUUUCCUGGCACCCUCGGCUGCCAAUGACUUCCCCAGUUAUAUUGCCUGUGUCCCCUCAGAGAUUUCAGACAUCCCUGAAUAUUUACAUAUCAUCUCACCGGUUAGAGCACACACUGUACGAGCCAGGGCUGUUUUUUGCCUUUCUUUGUACACCCAGCCCUUAGCACAGUGCCAGGCACAUAGGGAACACUUAUUAAAUGAUUGUUGACUUACAGACUAAUAGCUAACAUUGAUUUCUCUGAUCGUUCUCUGUCACUGGUUAAAGAGGAUUUUAAUUAAUUAGUUAUUUUAGUUGAUCAAGAGAUGCUGGUGACUAGAGUUGUCAGCUGCCUGGUGUUAGAAUAUACGAUGAUGUGGGGGGUAGAGCCAAGCGUGGAGGCAGGAGACCUAGUUCUCCUUUGUCUCUUUUGUCAGCCUUGAUCCCUGUGACCCUGGCCAGGUCCCUCCCCUCCUCUGGGCUCCAGUGUUCUCCUCUGGUAAAUGAGCGAGUUGAUUUUGAUGAUGUCCAAGUGCCUGCCCAACUCCAGAGUCUGCGCUGCUGGGAUUUGCUGUGCGGCCUCAGGAACCCAUCAGCCAGCAGGCCAGACUGAUAAUUCAGGGAUGACGUCUACGUUACAGCAUCCUUACAAUGUGCUCUCGCUCCUCGAGCUGACCAUAUCUUACAUGGGACAGUUUCUCAAUGGAUGAGUUGCACAAUUCGGUUUGCCGUUCAAGACACCAUUCUUUAUGGAAAGAGCCGCGAGAUCAGGCCGAUUGCCUUCCCGAGUUGGGAGCUGAGAGUGCGGACAGUAUCGGUGCCGUGUUAAAUAGCAAAGACGAGCAAAGGGAGAUUGCUGAGACCAGAGAAACUUGCAGGGCUUCUUAUGACACGUCAGCUCCAAAUGCAAAGCGCCGAUAUUUGGAGGAAGGGGAGGCAGAUGAAGAGGACGUAGAAGAAUAUAAGGAUGAAAUAGAAAUGCAGCAAGACGAAGAGAACCUGCCCUACGAGGAAGAGAUCUACAAAGACUCCAGCACCUUCCUUAAGGGGACCCAGAGCUUAAAUCCUCACAAUGAUUAUUGCCAACACUUUGUUGACACAGGACACAGACCCCAGAAUUUCAUCAGAGAUGUGGGUUUAGCAGAUAGAUUUGAAGAGUAUCCUAAGCUGAGGGAGCUUAUCAGACUGAAGGACGAGCUGAUCUCCAAGUCAAACACUCCUCCCAUGUAUUUACAGGCAGAUUUAGAUGCUUUUGACAUCAGAGAGCUAAAGUCCAAAUUCGAUGUGAUUCUUCUGGAACCUCCUUUGGAAGAGUAUUACCGAGAAACUGGGAUCACUGCUAAUGAAAAAUGCUGGACCUGGGAUGACAUUAUGAAGCUAGAAAUUGAGGAGCUUUCCGGACUACGGUCAUUUGUCUUUUUGUGGUGUGGCUCUGGGGAGGGCCUGGACCUUGGCAGAGUGUGUUUACGCAAAUGGGGUUACAGAAGAUGCGAAGAUAUUUGCUGGAUUAAAACCAACAAAAACAAUCCCGGGAAGACGAAGACUUUGGAUCCAAAGGCCGUCUUCCAGAGGACGAAGGAGCAUUGUCUGAUGGGCAUCAAAGGCACUGUUCGGCGUAGCACAGAUGGUGACUUUAUUCAUGCCAACGUGGACAUUGACUUAAUUAUCACAGAAGAGCCUGAAAUCGGAAACAUAGAAAAACCGGUAGAGAUUUUUCAUAUCAUUGAGCAUUUUUGCCUUGGUAGAAGACGUCUUCACCUUUUUGGAAGGGACAGUACAAUCCGACCAGGCUGGCUUACCGUGGGACCCAAUCUUACCAAUAGCAACUUCAAUGCAGAAACUUAUGCUUCCUACUUCAGCAUUCCCAAUUCCCCUCUGACGGGAUGCACAGAAGAGAUUGAGAGACUGCGGCCAAAGUCACCCCCUCCAAAAUCAAAAUCCGAUCGAGGAGGUGGCGCCCCGAGGGGGGGCGGCAGGGGGGGCACUUCUGCCGGCCGCGGAGAGAGAGGCCGGGAAAGAAACCGGUCCACCUUCCGAGGAGAGAGGGGCGGCUUUCGAGGGGGCCGCGGAGGGGCCCACCGAGGGGGCUUCCCCCCGCGCUAGCGCUGUUGCAGGCAUGGCCCCUUUGGUUCCUCCUCCUCCUGGGUCUGUGCUGGGGACCCGUGUUAGGAACCAAAGCCGGUUGACUCCUCGCACUCAGAAACCAUUGACUACCUCCUGUGGACUGCCACACGUGGCAGGCUUUGUCUGGUUUGUGUUGAGAAGGUGACCGUGCCAUUGGUCGUGUGCGUGUGACUGAGCAGAGGGAGAAAACAAGUACCUUAGCCCAGACGAAAUUAGUCUAGUAUGUUCUAAAUCAGCCAGGCCCUUUGCUCCAUUUUCAUAGCCCAGGAAAGCCUUCCAAGCCACACUGUCGCUAGUGCCCGGAUGAGGGCUCAGCCCGCUCGCUCUCCAUUUCCGCGGUCACGUUCUUAGCAGGCCUGAGACGACCUGUCUUGGCAUUGAUGCAGUAGAAUGGGAGACCUGCUUCUCAUUUGUUCCUGUUUUCUUGCUGUCCAGCUCUAACAGCAGAAUAAUGGUUACGACUUUCUGUAGUACACUUUUUAUUGUUUCAGAGUCACCCGGUAGUUAGGCAGAGUCUGGCUCCAGCAGGCCUAGGAGGCAGAAGUGUGACAGGAAUACUUUUGUGUGUACCGGUGACUCCUUGUCUUCCUUAGAGGCGUGAUGGUAAAAGGCCAGAUCUCAGCUGGGCUUCCAGCAGCUGCUGUAGGUUCUAGUUUAAAAGAGUGAGGAAAGCUGCAAAAGCGGGCCGCAGGGUUGGGGGGAUUAUCGGCUGCCUCCUUCACACAUCCCUGAAAAUGGAAAGCAGCAUUGGUCCUUAAGUUUGUUACAAAGAAUUUAAGGAGAGAUGGGUAUUCGUUCUAAAAACUGUUCUGCCCACAACUUCUGGACAGAACUCUGAUUCCGCUUACUGCGUUUUGUUUCUAUUUUUAUGAGAGACUGAUUUGGUAAAUCAUUUAUGUGACACUUUAUACAACCUCGUUCUCUUCUGUAACUCAUUUCAAAAGAACUUGCUGACUUUGGCGUAGUGAAAAUGAUUGCAUUGUUAAUUUUGAUAAAUACCAUUUUAUAACAUUUUGAGUAGGGUUUUUUUUUUUUUUGAAUGAAAGGUGAUCAUUAGAUGCACAUCUUAAGAUACAUUUGAGGAGUCUGCUUGGUCUGCUGCACUGGUCUUAUUUCUGGAUGAAACCCUGGAAGGCUGAGAGUAAGAGCCUGUUUAGAUGUCACUGACCCCUCAGGCAGACUGAGAAAAUUCAUGGAGAUGUGGGUGUUGCGUACCACACUCUGUUGAAUCCUUUUUGUCUUGUUUCUGUCUGUAGUUUUUACUGAAGUGGCACGUCAGCAUCCUUCUCUCGGAUCUGCUAGGAGUAAAGUUCCUUUUCAUAAAGGCACACCCUGAGUGUAGGAGGUUGGGAAAAGCUUAGUCUCCUGAGCUCCUCGCCGGCUCGGUGGCAGAGGCAGCUAAGGAGGAGUGAUGCAUAUCCCGAGAGGACGUGCUGCCUCUUUGGUGGACCAUGCCUGGCCAUGGCUGAGGGGAGAAUCAAACCUGGCCUUCGGAAGUGGGUGUCUGGACUAGACCAAUGAGGGAGGCAGGUGCAGCCUGGACCACAGCUGUGUGCGGCCUCCUUGUCACUGGACAGGAUCCAGCCGUCUCUCAGGAACACAGCUCUUCCUUCUUCCCGUGUUCAUCUCUGAUGGGCAUUGCUUUGGGAAGCGACUUCCACCUGCCCUCAGCCAGUAACUCCCAGGACCUUAAGGCAAGCCCCUGAUGGAGGAUUUGGCUGAUUGAAUCUUUUCCAUAGGCUCCAUGAAAUUCCCUAAUUAGAGAGAUGUGCAUAACUUAUUUGGGGACAUGUAUUAUUUAACAUGGGUUUCUUCAAUCUUGUGAAGCCUCCAAGACUAGGUUUUGAAUGAGAGUUUGCAAGCCCCUAUGUUUUGAGUAAAUUCCCAGCUCAAUACAAACCAAUCUCAUAAAUAACGUCUUUAAAUGAAUUCUUAACAAUGACCCUAAAGAUAGACAUGUGGCGCCGCUAAUGGGAAGCUGGGUCACAACUCCAUCGCUGCGGGGUUCUUUGGGGCUGACUUGAGUGAUGAAAGAUUACGGCUGCCGACUCCAGACCAGGACGAGAGGAGGAGCUGGGCCUCUGACUGACGUCAUUGACCGUGCGAAUUGGAAGGUCACCCAGGCCGAUGUGUGCAUGAACGAGGACCCGACGAGAUCCUCGUGUUGUGGGGCAGCCCGUCCCACGUGGGAGCGCUGCCCUAACUUAGGGGCUUUUUCUGUGCAUUUUGCACAAAUGUGCUUCCACUUCUGCCCUGUGACUGGCUCUGCCUUCAGCGGCUGAGCAGACGAGUCCAGUGAUCCCCCAAAGGGUUAAUCCCCUCCGCUUCAGGAAGGACCCCAUAGCCCUGUUCUGAGGAGUCUGCUUGGUCUGCUGCACUGGUCUUAUUUCUGGAUGAAACCCUGGAAGGCUGAGAGUAAGAGCCUGUUUAGAUGUCACUGACCCCUCAGGCAGACUGAGAAAAUUCAUGGAGACGUGGGUGUUGCGUACCACACUCUGUUGAAUCCUUUUUGUCUUGUUUCUGUCUGUAGUUUUUACUGAAGUGGCACGUCAGCAUACUUCUCUCAGAUCUGCUAGGAGUAAAGUUCCUUUUCAUAAAGGCACACCCUGAGUGUAGGAGGUUGGGAAAAGCUUAGUCUCCUGAGCUCCUCGCCGGCCUUCCCCUCUCCCAGGACCAGCUCCCAGGUGCAGUCUCAGCUCUUCACUCCCUCACCCCACGCAUCCCCUUUUCAGAUCUUGCCAUCUCCCCUCCAGCUCACUACUCACUGGCCAGCGCCCCGCCUUGAGGCCUUCAUCGCCUCCCACCCAGACAAUUUCAAGAGCCUCCUCACUGGUCUUCUGCCUCAAGCUUCUCCCCAUUUCAGUCCGUGCUUAGGUAUAGGUGUGGUGGCACCAUUCCCAUUCUCAGUAAACUGGUGGUUCCUUAUUGCCUUUAGGAUCCAAUGUAAACUCCCCUGCUGGGCAUUUAAAAUGCUUCAUAACCAGACCCCCGCCUAUCUCCCCAGGAUUACGUGUUACUCCCUGGACCACACUCUGUGCCUCACCAAGCUUACAUAAUUGCUUACGGCCCUUGGAAUAUUCUUCAGCCAGGUCUGCACAGAAUGAGUGCCCAGAAUAGGGCUUGUUCAGUGCUGUGAGGGACCGGACUGAAUUCGCCAGUUUAGGUUGCUGGCUUCCAGUUUUUAGCACAAAUUACUGGCACACACCUGCCCUUCAUCGUGGUUAUUGUGGAUAUGGCUUGAAAUGCUAUCUUUGCUGGUUGGAAUGGGUACUCUGCGGGGAAGUCAGUUUAGAUGCCGAAGGCGCUCUCAUAGUGGGCGAGGGGGAUUGUCAGAAGCAAUAAACCCUUGCCAAUCAAUAAAUUGCUUCAUCAA